GUUUCCGGGCCAAGCUCAAGAGGUCGCGUUGGGAGCGCUAGGGAGUUCCGGGGUGCGGCGGGAGGCGGUCGGCGAGUGCGGGGCCGCGGGGAUGGACGAGGACGGGCUGCCCAUUGUGGGCUCCGGCAUUGACCUUACCAAGGUUCCUGCUAUUCAGCAGAAAAGAACUGUAGCAUUUCUAAACCAGUUUGUGGUUCACACAGUGCAGUUUCUCAACCGCUUUUCUACUGUUUGUGAAGAGAAAUUGUCAGCACUCUCCCUCCGUAUCCAACAAAUUGAAACAACACUCAAUAUUUUGGAUGCUAAGUUGUCCUCUAUUCCUGGCCUAGAAGAUGUGAAAUUUGAAGUGUCCAAUGCAAAUAUGAACAGUGUUACAAAUGGUCCUGUGGCACAAGCUACUACAGAUCAACAGACAGAUGUAUCACCUCAAUCUGGACAGAACAAUAUACAUGAAGAAAGGUUACAGAAAAUGGAGGCAGUAACAGAAAAUGUCAGAACUGUGGCCAAGGAUCCAAGAUACGCCAGAUAUCUUAAAAUGGUACAAGUGGGUGUUCCUGUAAUGGCAAUACGAAACAAAAUGAUUUCUGAAGGCCUAAAUCCAGAUCUUCUAGAGACCCCAGAUGCCCCCGUGCCUGCCUGGGGAGAUGAUGGGAAAGCAGAAGAGAGUUCUGAUAGCGAAUCUUCAUUUAGUGACUGAAGAGACUCAUUUUGGCCUUUGGAAACCUCUGUUAAAUGCUGAUAUGUUUGGAACUUUAGCAGACAAUGGUUUUGGUGAGUCACAUGGGAAACAUGAUUUAUCAGAAAGCAUUUUUAAGAACUAAGAUCCUUCAUGUUCUCUCCCAAAAAGUUUGAACAAGCAGCGCGUUUCAACCUGGACCUUUCCACCAUGAAAGUUAAUUGUGAGAUCCUUGCAUCUUUUAUGCUGCAUCAUUUCGGAUGCCUUUCUAAUUCUUCUGAUACCACUUUGUAAAUAAAAAGUCCAUGCCUCUAAACCUUCAGGUCUCUAAGACUGCAUUCUCAUCAUUAUUGGAUUUUCUUUGUGACAUAUUUAAAUUGCCUUCUUUCUGUGCCAUGAGUUACACAUAAAGUAACUUUUCAAAAUGAAAUUGUUUCAUUCAUGAAUCAUAUUUUUUUUCUAAUAUACUAUAUGCUAAGUGACACAUCAAGAAUUACAUAGAAGUCAACUAUCUCAUAGUGAUGGCAAAUCAGUGAUACUCCGUAUUCUGAAAACCUAAAAUCCAAGUGAAAAAUAUAUUGAAAACCAAUUUGAAUCUAUUUUCAAAGUGUAUACUGCCGUUAGAAGUCACGUUAGAGUCUGUACAAAGUUGCUAAAGAAAUUCCUGCUCUCUAGAAGAGUAUCUAACUCAGGUUUCAGUGGUAUAGAAAGCUACAAACAUUGCAAGACUGGUUUGAAAAGGACCCUUAACAAAGCAAGUGCCUGGGAAGUUAUUAAUGGAAUGCCAGAUUCUUGCUACUUGUUCACUGUCAUGUGGGUCAGUGGAAGCCACUUUCUGACUGCUGAUGGGCUUACUCAAAAGCAGCUAUAUGACUGAGCAGUUUUCAUAUGGUAAGAAAUUACCUCCAAGUUGGUGCCUUUGCUGAUAAUUCAUGCAAAAAGCCAAAAUUCAGUUUGUAUGACAAUAAAACUACCUUGGUACUCCUUAAGGUAUGCAUUGGGAAGCAAUAUGAAGAAAACCACUUGGCGCCUGACUGGCCCUGAAGACUUCCAUCCAAAUUACUUCAUCUACUCCAUGAGUCAAAAAUGUAAUUUCAUUAAAGAAUCUUCUUUAACAGAAUUUGUUCCAUAUGAAAUUCUUCACGAUAUAUUUGAAUUCCCCAGAUUACUGUGAUUAUACCAGAAUGCUGUGGGCCAGGCAAUUGUUUGCUUUCUGGUAUUUCACAUUCUUUACAAGACCAAGACUAAAACUGAAGCUCAAAGUAUGUAAACUUGUUAGCUUUCA